CGCGGCCCGCCUUCCCUUUCCCGGGCUCUGCGGCAAGCGCCAGUGUCUCAGCUCCUCCGCCGCGUCGUGGGCGCGCCUCCCCGCGCCCUCCUUGUCAGCCCGGCGGUGGGGCCAUGGGGUGGCGGCGGCGGCCAGAGGCCAGAGGCUGGGCCCGCGAGGCGCUGGCAUUGCUGGCGCUGGUCCUGUGCGCGCCCGGGGCCCGGGGCCGGGCCCUCGAGUGGUACUCGGCCGUGGUGAGCACCGAGUACAUGGACCCGCAGACGAACCGGACCGUGUGGAGCGUCUCUGAGAGCGGCCGCUUCGGCGACAGCUCACCCAAGGAGGACGCGCAGGGCCUGGUGGGCGUCCCUCGCCCGGCCGAUAGCGACCCCGAGGGCUGCGCGCCCGACACGCGCUUCCUCGUGCCCGGCCGGCGGGCCGCGCCCUGGGUCGCCCUGGUGGCGCGCGGGGGCUGCACCUUCAAGGACAAGGUGUUGGUGGCGGCGCGGAGGAACGCCUCGGCCGUGGUCCUCUAUAACGAGGAGCGCCACGGGAACCUCACGGCGCCCAUGUCCCACGCGGGAACAGGAAAUAUAGUAGUCAUUAUGGUUAGUUACCCAAAAGGAAGAGAAAUUUUGGAUCUUGUGCAAAACGGAAUUCCAGUCAAAAUGACCAUAGGGGUUGGCACCCGUCACGUCCAAGAGUUCAUCAGCAGUCAGUCUGUGGUGUUUGUGGCCAUCGCCUUCAUCAUCAUGAUGAUUAUUUCAUUAGCUUGGCUAAUAUUUUACUAUAUACAGCGUUUCCUAUAUACGGGUUCACAGUUUGGAAGUCAGAGCCAUAGAAAAGAAACUAAGAAAGUUAUUGGCCAACUUCCACUUCAUACUGUAAAGCAUGAAGAAAAGGGAAUUGAUGUUGAUGCUGAAAAUUGUGCAGUGUGUAUUGAAAACUUUAAAGUAAAGGAUGUUAUCAGAAUUCUGCCAUGCAAGCAUAUUUUUCAUAGAAUAUGCAUUGACCCAUGGCUUUUGGAUCACCGCACGUGUCCAAUGUGUAAACUUGAUGUCAUCAAAGCCCUGGGAUAUUGGGGAGAGCUUGAGGAUGUGCAGGAGACGCCCCCGCCAGAACCUGCCCCUGGUGCUGUGGCUGCAAACCUGAUUACUUUACAAGGCGAUGACAGGUGUGAUGGGAAUGGUUCACCAUCAUCAUCCCAUGAGUCGGUGCCUCAGGGUGAAGCCAUCUUCAAGGAAGAUGCAGGAGAAAACACAGCCUUACUAGAAACAGGCAGAAGUGACUUUCAGCAUGGAGGACCUGCCUCCUAGCGCACAGCACACCCCACGGGCAGCGUCAUAGAGAGGACUUAGACUUGGAUCAAAGGACUUUUGUCUUUCAGCAUGUAUUUUAUAUAUUUGAAAAUAAUGUUCAUCUCUUAUCUUUCAGGUUCUGGUUUGAUAUACAAAUAAGAUAUUUUAUUCUUAAAGAGACUUUUUGAUUAGUCAUCACAUAUUUAUCUAUUAAAAUAUAUCAUUUGUGAUAAUAAGUUGAGACUGUUGAAAGGAGAUGACUAGGGAGACACUCUAAUUAAAGGAUGAGUGUUUUUCUAAAAGACUAGCCACCACGGUAUUGUAAAAAGGUGAAUUCUGUUUCUCAAGGAUGGAUGUAGACUCAGCACACUGUAUUUAGACUAGUCAAAGUGGAUUUGUAUAAUUAAACUUAAUAAUCAUGAGUUUUCCCUGGAGGAAAGACUUUUUUAGAAUAUUCAUCUUGUAAACGAGGUAAGAGAAAUCUACAGCUUUCUUGUGCCUCUGUACUACAUACAGAUAUUUCAAAACCUGGGGACACUUUUACAUUGUUGUUUUCUGUUUGAAAUCAUGAGAAAAGCACUAGAUGACUUCAGAAUUUGCAUUUUUCCCUUUUAUUACCUAUUUCUUGUGUCACCUUUAUGGGAAGGGAAAUUUGUCCUUUUUUUCUACGAAUAAAAAAAGCUACGAUUCUG